UACCUGUCACACCAGCUGGAGUCUGAGGAUGAGAGAACGUUACUCGACCGCCCGUCCUAGGUAGGGCGGGAGUUCCGGUGCACAGGUGUAUCACACAGCAGGAGUUUAGUAAUUAAAUGUUAUAAGGACUUGUACACAUAUUGCAACAUCAGUGUAAGAUUUAACUCGACGAUGUUGCGGUCGUACUGGCGUUGAAAGCGCAAUUUCUGUGGUCAGUGUUAAUGACAUCGGUCAGUUAACGCUGUGGUUUUCGACAAACAUUGGUGAUUGACUUUUAAAGUGGACAAACAGUUCUACUUUUGUAAAUUUAUUUUGUGAAACGGAAAAUGACACUUGAUCACUAUUGAUUAACGUAACAAUUUUGUUAGCGUUGUUAUAGACGCUAGAAUCACACCGACACCAUCCUUCCUCGCGAAUCAGUCGUCUUUGAUGGCGAAAUCCCGACACAGCCAGAUAACACCGCGGACGUUGGAACAAGAUAAUGGGGAAAAAACAGACGCAGAAGAGCGUAACUAGACGUUCAUCACAUGCACAAGAAAAACAUACCCGAAAGCGGGAUGAUGGUUCUAGUUCACGUGAAAAGUCCAAGAAACUGUCGAAAUCGCGGACAUCAGGGUGUACUGCGGAUGACAGGAAUUAUAUGGCGGAUUUAUUUCCCCGAAAAAGUGUCUGGAUCGUAUUUGUGAUAACAUUGUGUAUAAGGCUUCGCUAUGUGUCUAAAGGGGAGAAUUGGUGGAUCUUACAUCCGGACGAGAUAUUCCAGUCUGUAGAAGUUGCCCAUUCUGAGUUAUAUGGAUACGGGUUCAGACCAUACGAGUACAUGCCGCCGCUAGAUGGCGCCAACACAACAACUUCCGUCGGACGGUUGCAGGAGAAUAUGCUCGGAAUGUAUAGCCUGCGCUCCUUCCUGUACCCGAAGCUGCUGGCGGCGGCACUCUAUGUAGCCACUCUUUGUGGUUACACCGGCUCGCCAAUGCUUUUUUGGAAGAUGUUUCAUACUUUUGUGACGUCAUGCCUGCCUAUUGCUGUCUACACCUUCACCAAAUCUCUUUACCAGUCACGUGAUGUUGCGGUUCUAGCAUCUGUCCUUUCAUCCACGUCUGUCUUCCUGUAUGUACUUGGAACCCACACUCUAGUCAACAGUUUUGUUUCUCCCUUUCUCUUCUGGUCACUGGUACCGUUAAUCAAUUUGUUGGUUAACAAAUCAGAAAGCCAAAAUCGAGUCAGGACGCCGAAACCAGAAGUCAAGGCGAGUAUCUCUGAUACAGCAGGCGUUACCUUUAAAUCAAAAGAAAUCUCGAAUAAAGACAAGAGUACUGGUGAUCAGGAAGUUGAUGUUGAAAAUCUCCAACCGGAAGUUGAAUAUUACGAUGAAUGCAGGAAAGCAGAACAGAAAACCAUGGAAACACAUACCGUUGGUGAAAUAGUACCACCUAAAAAUGGCAAUGUAGAAUGUGAAACAACAGAAUCAACAAACUGCAUCAGUAACGGUGGCAUAGCAAAACCACUGACAGAAACUACAAACGGACUAUAUCCAUAUACAACACUGCCCUCAAGUGGAAACCGACUGACCAAGGGUAUAAUUUAUGAAAUAAUGCAUCACUGUAAAGAACAGAGUCGGUUGACAAUGCCAUAUUUUAAAUACCGACAAAACACAUUUAUGAGUGGUGACCGGAAACACGUGACCUAUCUAGAGGACACUCUGAUAUGUUACGAUUCGCCUGGCAUAAUCGAGCACCAGAUGGGCGUGGAUUUCAACCAUAACUCUAGCGAUCUACACAAACCAAACUAUGAAAUACCACAGCAAAGAAAUGAUACAAAAGUGUCAGAAAUUGAAAACGUUGCAGAAAGAAUAUCAAAAUCGUGCUCAAUAGUAAAUGACAGCAACAAAACACAGGAGAAUAUUGGAAGUCAACACCAUGAGAGUUCUUCUAUCGACAAAAAUAUUUGCAAAGGGGAUUGUCAGUCAACUAACGAAAUCAUAGGACAAUCACGUCCUAUGCCUGACAUAUACGACAAGAACGCAAUGAAUGGAAGGCAAAUACAUUCGCCGAAUGAAAGGAAUGAGGCACCAUUAGAGAAAGAACUAGUCCAGACUGUUUCUGCUGACGAUCGUGAUUGUGACGUAGAUUCGUCAAGGACCUCUCUAUUUGUAAACUUUAAGAUGACUUAUUUAUUUUCGGGCUUUACCCUAGCAAUGUGUAUCUACAUCAGGGCUGAUCUCCUUGUGUUUAUCGCAUUUCUCGUUUUGCCAUAUGGAAGGCGUAUGUGCGACUGCAAUUUGUUGACGUCACUUCCGGUAUUGCUAUAUUGUAUUGGACUAAUGGCAGGACUUUCUUUUGGUAUCUUUGAUGAUUGUUAUAGUUACAGAUCGUUGGUUAUCUCCCCUUGGCAAUGGGUCAAUUUCAAUGUCAUCAGAGACAGGUCCGCCAUAUUCUUUGGUACAAAACAUUGGAGUUUUUACAUUCGAGCAUUGUUUACCAAGGAUGAGGUCAUGUCCGCGUGCCUGGUCGUCAGCGCACUGACAUUUACGGCGAUGAAGUGUAAAAAAAUCAGAGACCAUGAACGAUUCAUGACAGUUAACGUCAGGUUAUUUAUUAGUUUGUUGGCAUUUUUUAUCACUCACUCGUUAAAUAGUCAUAAAGAGGUAAGAUUUUUACACGAUUUUAUUGUUUUAUUGUUAACAUUUUACGCCAGUUUUAUUGUGAUCCUAAUCAAAACCUGUAAAGAAUAUCUUAUUCAAAACAACUUGAGUCAGUUAUCACACAGUAUUGAAGUGGCUUUUGUGGUCUACUUGUGUUCUAGUCAGUGGCGAUAUUUCCCCGGUCCAACGUCUGGGUGGGCAUACCGGGGUCUCCUUAAUACCAACCAUGUCAACGUGUGCUUAGACUUUUUACGUCAGCAGAAUGACGUCACUGGAGUUUUCGUUGAUACGUCGAUCCACGAGACAGGUGCGUUUUCUACACUUCACAAAAAUGUACCACUAAUCGCCCUUAUCCACAAAGAGUUUUACGAGUUUGAGGCGGACUCUCGACUCUCUCUCAAGUCCGCCUUGUCGUACUUGAGUCGGACGAACAACUUGUCAUUGUCUGUCCUCACGCAGGUAUCUGACUUUAUUUCCGUGUAUAACACACCGUACCUGCUGAAGACCCUCAUCAAUAAACCAGUGUACAAUUAUCUAGUCAUGUCAACAGAUCGAGCGUUCAUAGAGGUUGGCUUCCGGGAAGUGUACCGUAUUGGAGAUAUGAGGAUUUUAAAACGUUCAUUUAUUUCGGAAGAUGAGGUCAAAUUGAAAGCAAUAGCGAGUAGAAUACAACUUGGGCCGAACUGUAAGAUACUGAACUACGAGGCUAACUGGCUGUUAACGUUUGGACAGUACGACAAAGCUAUAAGUAAGUUAUCAUAUUCUCUAGAACUAGACAAAACAAAUCUGCAGGCUCAUCAACUACUGAUGGAGGUGCGACGCCGUCAAGGUGACGUCACUGGUGCACGUGUCGUAUACAAGAUGUGUGGCCAGUACCAUGGACACCGAUCGUGCACUUCACGACCAGGCAGGAUCACCAUCCACGAGGAGUACAACCUUAACGUCGAUUUGUGAAGAGCAUUAUUAUAUAGAGCCCAAAAGAGAAUGAUAAAUGGCAAUGGUUUUUUUUAUUUUGUUUUAUUUGUGGCAAUGUUUAUUUUAUGUUUUUAUUAAUGACUUGUUUGAUAUAGUUACUAUAAUAUUAGUAUUUAAAUCAGAGUAGCUGUUGAUAUGUUUACCUCUGUACAAUGUAUUACAUUCCCUUUUUGUUUGAUUUUUUUAGAGUCGAGAUUUUCGGCUCUAUUUGAAUAACGCGAUACUCCAAACUCGAACGGAACUACUUUUUCAAUAUUGCGGCGCCGAAAAUAUUAGCUUUAAAAUGGCCACAAAUUGGCAUCAGCCAAAUUAAUAAAUCUGUUUAAUAUUUGACAUGAUUUCCAUUAAAACCUGCUUUUUAUGGAAAAUGUGUUUCCGAUUUUAAAUUAAUUAAUUAAUUUUACGCAAGCAUGGCUACUUUUUCUGUUAUGAGACCGCUGAGUAACCUAGGUCCC